CUGACCAUGGUGGGAUGUUCCUUGGUCAUUGUAUACUUGACCAUUACAUCACCUUCCGGUCAUGUUCGGUCAGCUACACCGCAGAGGUCACAUUCUGGUCAUCUUGGGUCAACUACAGCGCAGAGGUCAUAUUCUGGUCAUCUUGGGUCAACUACACCGCAGAGGUCACAUUCUGGUCAUCUUGGGUCAACUACAGCGCAGAGGUCACAUUCUGGUCAUCUUGGGUCAACUACACCGCAGAGGUCACAUUCUGGUUAUCUUGGGUCAACUACACCGCAGAGGUCACAUUCUGGUUAUCUUGGGCCAACUCCAGCGCAGAGGUCAUAUUCUGGUCAUCUUGGAUCAACUACAGCGCAGAGGAAGUUUACCACCACCAGAAGGGCGUUUACAGAAAAGACACAAAAUUCAUCCUGUAAUUGCUCACGCAUACUGGAUGACCGGGAUUACGAUGGUGAUCGUCUUGAUUCUCUGGCUCAGAACUCGACAGCAUCUCCUCCUGAUUCAGGGAGUCAUCUCCUCUCACCGGCAGCUGCAAAUAAUACAAAUAAUACAUCUAUCCUUAGUAGUCUUUGGAGCUUUGAGAACAUUAACGACGAAGUACUGUUCCUAUAUGAGCAAAUACUCAAUAGGAAUAUUAGUGCAAACUAUACGAAUAUAGAAAUGUUCAGACAGGAGCUGGCGGCACAUCGGACCGAAUUAAAAGAAAGUUCGGCAAUUAUUCUCCAUCAGGAAAAUUGCGAGGUACGUGCAUCAUCCAGGAAAUUAAUAAGAACGUCAGCAGAACUAUACCGUCUACUACCGAAGAGUGAUCCAUUCGGACUACCCCAGAAGAAGAGAUAUCCCUCGUGUGCAAUCGUUGGAAACAGCGGUUCAAUACUCCACAGCGGUUGUGGAGGACGUAUUGAUGAACACGAUUUUGUUAUUAGAUGCAACUUGGCACCAUUGGCACCUUUCAAAGAAGACGCUGGUAUGAGAAGUGAUUAUAACACGAUGAACCCAAGUAUCUACUUCAAAAAAUAUGGAGCACUGAAGAAAAAUGCAUCCAUCAAACAGUAUAACCAAGACAUGUCACAAUACGGCGGUAUGCUGAGUAUCCCCUGCUUUGGUAUGUCACACUCUAACGAUGCAAGAGCGAUCCGUUCCUUUAAAGGAAAGAAACCGACAAUUGUGUGCAUGAACGGAAAGCACUUCAGUUCUGUCCGUGACUUCUGGAAGAAGAAAGGCGUGAUAGAUCGAAAUCCUUCUACAGGUUUCUACUUGGUUUCAAUGGCCAUACAGCUUUGUGAUGAAAUAGACCUCUACGGUUUUUGGCCGUUCUCUUCGCGACUUGGAAAUAACAAGACAAAUGUACCUUAUCAUUACUUUGACGGUAUGUCAGGUGUAAAGGCCGGAAGUUCCCACCAAAUGAACAAAGAAUUCAGCACUCUUCUCCAGCUCCAUGUUCUAGGCAUUUUAAAUUUAAAUGUCGGAUCGUGUAGUUAGUAUACAAAUAAUACACAGCAGUGAAGGCAUUAGUAAGAACUACCCACACAAGGGACUUUUGGAACAGUCUAACACGCCCGAGGCGGUAGCCGAGGGUGUUUGGACUACUUUGAAGGUACCAAGUGAGGGUAGUUUUACUAAUGCCCGAGUAAAAUGAUGUGUAUUAAUUGUUUUUUUUAUAAGAUUAUGUUUAAUUUGUUUUAUCAAAUUAUGUUAUAUAACAUGAUUGAAUAAUGACUGGUCAUUAGAAUUGAAUAAUGAUCUGUCAUUAUCCAAAUUACGCGUUAGACAAAAUAAAUGUCUGAUCACGUGUACACUAGCAGAUCAAAGUUAGUAUUUGGGAAAUUGUGCUCAUUAAGCCAUGAACCAAUGCCCGCGCGAAUGCAUAUUAUAGAUGUAUUAACUGCUAUGAGAGGCAUCGCUGUUUCUAUAGGUUCAAGGGGACGUUACAUCCUGAUAUAACCCCUCGGGCGACGUGACGAGGGUUCAAGAUAAACUUGAGUUCUGGUUUUAAAAAUAAAACUUUAAAAAAACCAUGAUGUA